UUCAGUGCGGGUGACCAAUAACUUUUCUUCACUCCGUGGUUGAUGUUAGACGCGUCAGCCAGGCGCGCCCUCUGCACAUCACAGCUCCUCUGUACACACAGCCUGGGACGGGGUUUGAUCUGGAUGGACGCACAGAAACAUUACACAUGCCGCAGAGAGACUUCUGCAGCCGAAUCGGGACGUUAGGGACCAGGCCCGGCAUCACCGAGCUAAAAGGCUAAAAGUUAGCUGUCACGUUCAUCCAGCCGGGAGCUGUCGCUGUUUUUCAGCCAAAUACUAAUACAAGGGAGAGCUGCACUUUUAGGGUUACUCUGAACACGCCCUAUCUGACUUCAACACAGGAACUGAUUUAUCAGAGACAGGACAGACAACAGGAUCCUUCUGGGGAACAGCCCGGCAUAAUCACACAGAGUGUGUGAGCUUCACCAGAGGUUACAUCAACAAUGGCCGAAUUGGACGAGGACUAUGGAAACUACACCUACGAAUACUACAUGGAGUACGGUGACUUGGAGGAACUUAAAGUAAACCACAGACAGAAGGAAACUAUGCACAUAAUCUCAGUGGUCAUCUACAUUAUUUCCUUUGUGCUCGGGCUGAUUGGAAAUGGAACUGUUAUUUGGGUGGUAGCGUUUAAAAGCAAAAAGACAGUCAACAGUGUUUGGUUGCUCAAUCUGGCAUUGGCAGACUUUGUAUUUGUGCUUUUCCUCCCUUUCUACAUUGAUUACAUACUGCGAGACUUCCACUGGGACUUUGGUUUGGUCAUGUGUAAGCUUAACUCAUUUGUGUCCGUUAUGAAUAUGUAUGCCAGUGUGCUGUUUCUGACAGUGCUCAGUAUAGACAGAUAUGUUUCUCUUGUCCACCUGAACUGGUCUCAGAAGUAUCGCACUAUAAAGAGAGCCUGGGUUGUAUGCGGUUGCAUAUGGCUGCUGGCUGCUACCAUAAGCUCUCCUGCGCUGAUUUUCCGUGACACAGUGCGCCUACAUGACAAGGUUGUGUGUUUCAACAACUUCCACACACAGGACGGACAUACUGCAGUCAUGAGGCACGUUAUGAUAGUGGUCAUUCGAACUGCUGUGGGCUUCAUUUUGCCUUUUACUGCCAUAUGUGUGACGAGCCUUCUUCUGACAAUCAAGGUGAAUCGAUCUGGUGGCUCGGUUCGGGUGUCAAGCUUCUCUAAAACAAUCUCUGCAGUGAUUCUGGCUUUCUUUUUAUGCUGGGCACCUUUUCAUACUUUUAGCUUGAUGGAGUUAUCCGUACAUUCCUCAUUAUACCUUCACAACAUACUGAGAGCUGGCUUUCCUCUCGCCACCAGUUUAGGCUUUUUUAACAGCUGCAUUAACCCCCUCCUGUAUAUGCUCCUAGGCAAAAAGGUGCGUCGUAUCCUGAAGCAUGCAUGCCUGGACAUUACUAAGAGUUCACUGAGAGAGCUCAGCCAGUCCAUCUCUGCCACUGAGAUGGAGUCUGUGCCAGGGGUUCAGCAGGACAGUGUCCCAGAGGAGCCUGUGGAGUCAUCCGCUCUAUGAUUACAGCCAUCCUCAAACUGUAGAGGUGGUGUAUGAAAAACAUCAAAGUAAGACCGGCUAUAAAAUUAUCAUAGCUGUCCCUUCCAGCUGUAUGCUAAAGACUGUCUUUGCUUGUUUCACUUCACUUAUGGAUAAUUACUCUCAAUGGAAAAGCUGAGUCGAACUAUGUAUAACAUGCACAUUGAGUUAUUCCUAAAUAUAAUCGAAAUAUAUUUAUAUUUCAUUUGCAUAACGCAAAAUGAUUUGCGAAAAUCACAGCUGCAAAUAUUUUGGUAAAUCCUUUUAUUAUUAUUGUUUUUUAAUAAAUUGUAUCAUUUUAUUGUUCCAGUUUCUCAUAUGUAAGCAUUUGAUACUUGAUAGUAUUUGUCUUAUAAACAGAAACAUUUUGCAUUGGACAAAACAAGCAUUUUAAAGAUUUGACAAUUUUCAUAAUCUUCUCUAUUUAUCCAUAAUGUAAGUAAUCAUCUGUUGCAGUCUUUUAUCAAAUGUAUCUUAUGUUUACUAUUUACAGAAUUGUUUUCACUCUUGAGGAACGACAUCUUUGUUUCUUAGAGAUGAGAUAUGUUGCAUAGAUCUAUUGAUAGUCUAACAUUAUAAUGUUUUUAUAUUGAUUUACUGACGGCUAGUUACCUAUUAAUGUGUUUUAAGAUAUUUAAACUAGUUGAGAUUUGUAUAGAAACUUUAUUCUAAUAUAUUUCAAAUAAACAACAUAUGUUGUAAUACAUUUCUUAUUCUGAACACCUGCUGCACUUUGAAUACUUUCUGUAUAUUGUUUGUCUUGAUGUUAAAAGAGUCUGCUGCGAGAAAGCAGACUUUGAUGUUAAACACAGACCAGA